CUUCGCACCGCCCUGGCCGCAGUUCGUCGGUGUCCGGAGUGCAGCGGCGGACUGUGGGGUAGUUUCUCCGGGCUGGAAAGAAAACUGUCUAGCCGCGGUGCCUCUUGGACUCACCAUGAGGCGCCUGGGCUCAGUGCAGCGGAAAAUGCCCUGCGUGUUUGUGACGGAGGUGAAAGAGGAACCCUCCGCCAAAAGGGAGCAUCAGCCAUUUAAGGUUUUGGCAACUGAAACUAUAAAUCACAAGGCAUUAGAUGCAGAUAUAUACAGUGCAGUUCCAACAGAAAAAGUGGAUGGGACAUGUUGUUAUGUUACUACUUACAAAGGUCAGCCAUACCUUUGGGCUCGGCUAGAUAGAAAACCCAACAAACAAGCUGAGAAAAGAUUUAAAAAAUUUCUCUAUUCAAAAGAAAAUUCAAAAGAAUUUUUUUGGAACGUUGAGGAGGACUUCAAACCUGUUCCAGAGUGUUGGAUACCAGCGAAGGAAAUAGAACAGUUAGAUGGGAAGCCAGUCCCUGAUGAAAAUGGACACAUUCCUGGUUGGGUACCAGUAGAGAAAAACAACAAACAGUAUUGCUGGCAUUCCUCUGUAGUUAAUUAUGAAUUUGACAUUGCUCUAGUAUUGAAGCAUCAUCCUGAUGAUCCAGGACUUUUGGAAAUUAGUGCAGUGCCACUAUCCGAUCUGUUAGAACAAACAUUGGAGCUUAUAGGAACAAAUAUCAAUGGAAACCCAUAUGGGUUAGGAAGCAAGAAGCACCCAUUACAUCUUCUUAUACCACAUGGAGCAUUUCACAUAAGAAAUCUGCCUACAUUGAAGCACAAUGAUCUGUUGUCUUGGUUUGAAAGUUGCAGAGAGGGUAAAAUUGAAGGAAUAGUAUGGCAUUGCAAUGACGGCUGUUUAAUCAAGGUCCAUCGCCAUCAUCUUGGUUUACAUUGGCCAAUUCCGGAUACUUUCAUGAAUUCAAAACCAGUUAUUAUCAAUAUGGACCUGAACAAAUAUGACUAUGCCUUUGAUUCUAAAUGUUUAUUUAGUUAUUUUUCAAAAAUAGAUAAUCAGAAAUUCAGUAGGCUCAAAGAUAUAAUGUUUGAUGUAUAACUGGAAAUAUAAUUAAGCUUUAUUAUAUUUGAAUCUUAAAUAUUCUGCAAUGUUUAAAAGGUAAAAAUACCUGCAGGUUCUUAUUGUUCAAUGUUGAAUAUAUCAGUAUGUCCUCUAGCAUUUAAAGAAAUGAAUUUUCCAGUUGCAAAUGUCUAUUCAAAAUUUUAUUCAGAAUCAGCAACAGAUUUUAAACUCUAGACUUAAAAAUGUAAAUUACUGUAAGCUUCCAAGCUUGUUCAAAGGCUGGAUUGUCCACUAGAACUGGGUAGUCAUUUUGACAACAAUUAAAGCAAUUUCGGGUCAUUCAUUUUCAAAGUCAAAUAGUUUAAGCUCAAUUUAAUCUUUAUAGACAUUUAGCAAAACAUGGCUCAACCUUAUAACCUACAUAUAUUAUCAUAUUUUGAAUCCAAGAAUCUGAGCACAUAUAAAUAAGUAUAAAACUAUAUAUAAACCCCCAACUUUAAAUGUUAAAAUGUCAAUCUUUUUUAAAAAACUUAAUCAAAACCUAUGAAUAUAUAGCAACUCACCACAGCUCAUUACCUAUUUGGUAAUCAUAGCUUAUCCUGUCUUCAAAAAUACACUUUGCCAAUGAGUUAAGAAUUUCAUUAAUUUUAUUUACUAAAAAUCGCAAUUUGAAUAAAAGGUACAAGGCAGGGAAAAGGAAAAUUCUGCAGUUCAGAAACUUGCUUGAUUUCCAGAUGAAAUUUUAACUUAACAAAGUUAAUAAAUAGUUAACUUUACAUUUACUAUAAACAGAGGUGGCAGUUAAUAAAUGGGGAAAUUAACAGGACUUUCCUCUUCAUCUUCAAGCUUUUCAGAAGCAUCAACAGGACUAGUAAAUUCAACUCCAAACUCUUCAGAAAGUUUUUUUAACUUCUGUUCUAAGAGAAUAUUUUUUUUUACUUCUUCCUUGUAAUUAUACUUCAGGUCUUCAAUUUCUUCAAAAAAUGAAGGAUCAAAAUUUUCCAGUUCUUUUUUCAGCUUUUUUAUUUGCUCCUAAUAGAAACAUUAUCUUUAAGAAGUGCACAGGAAUGUAUUUUCUAGGUUUAGACUAGAGAGAUUUAAUUGUAAACAUAAUAAAUGCAGAAGUAUUUUAAGAUUUUGUUAAAAAGAUUACAUUGUACAGUAUAUACAAUUGACUUAUUAGCUGUCAAAUCACAUUAUUUGUUCCAUAAGUUAUGCCCUAUCCUUUGACUAAAAUUUCUUAAUUUUUUUUAGAUUGUAGUGGAACUUAAUCUUUCUUCAGACGCAUACUCAAUACUCUCAGUGAGGCAGUCAAAGCACUUGGCUGUUCAUAGCAUUAAAGUUAUUUUGGUUAAAAUUUUGGCUUCAGGCUUCAUUUAUAUUUUAUUUACAAAUAUACAAUUUUCAAUAAAUAACGACCACCUUCUUGUAAAUAUAUUUAUAAUUAGGGCAGAUCCAGGGCUUCUAAGUACAAAUUAGGCAUCUGAGAAAAUGUAUAUAAUAUGAGCUUUAAAAGACUACUUAGAACAGCCAGUGAUCGCUAGCUAAUUCUGCUAUUCAUGCCCUGCUGUUUACAAAGUCUUAAAAGCAGUAGGAGAAAAUCCUUGAGAAUUUCAAAAGGUGUUAAAAAAAAACACUGUUGCCAAUGUGACCCAAAAGUUAAGAAAAUAUUAAUGAACUAUUUUUGUGACAAAAAAUAAAUUUACUUUUUAAUCUUU